GUGAGCCCGGCUCGGCCCCCGCCCGCCCCAGGAUGUACCGCAAGGCGCGGAGCGUCCCGCUGAAGAGCAGCAGCUCGGCGCUGUACAACAACCUGAGCGUGCUGCCCCUGCGCGACAAGCCGCUCACCUACUUCGCCGCCGUGCACGGCAGCACCGUCAGCCUGGCCAGCGCCGCGGCCGACGGGCUCAGCGUCUCCCACCGCCAGCUGCAGGCCAAGGAGGGCGGCCCGGCGGUCAGCGCCUCCAUAGUCACCCAGGCCUCCUGGUGUGUCCUGCCUUCUCGAGUUCUCCUGGUCCUGACCUCUCAAAAAGGCAUCCAGAUGUAUGAGUCAGAUGGCUCCAUCAUGGUUUAUUGGCAUGCCCUCGACGUCUUGGAACCACCGCCAGCCCAGGCAGUGUUUGCUCGAGGGAUCGCUGCCGCCAGUGGGCGCUUCAUCUGUGUGGGGACUUCGUCGGGACUGGUGCUGGUGUUUGAUGUCCCCAGCAAGGGAACAAACAUCACGCUGAGCGAGGUUCUGGAGGAGCAUCACGACUCCAUCACUGACAUCACCUCGGAGGUCGGUGAGAACCCGAAUGGGGCUGCUGACCUGCUGACUGCGGAUGACUCCGGGGCCCUGUGUGUCUGGAGAGCCAAGGAGGAGUUCUCCCUGCUCACCAAAAUCUCUGCCUUUGGGUGGACCUGCUCCUCGGUGAAGCUGUGGAACGGGGUCAUUGCUGCUGGCUAUGGGAAUGGGCAGAUCCGGCUGUACGAGGCCACGAGCGGGGCCCUGCGUGCCACGGUCAGCGCCCACGCUCGCUGGAUCUACGCCCUGGACCUGGCACCCCUGACAGGGAAGCUGCUGUCAGGUGCCGAGGAUUCCUAUGUUCAGAUCUGGAAACUCAGCCGGAACCCAGACACCGGGGACAUUGAGAUCGAGCACUGCCAUUCGGAGUGCGUGACUGACACCCAGCUCUGCGGCGCCCGCUUCUGUGACCCCGAGGGAAAUUCCUUCGCUGCGACCGGCUAUGACCUCAGCGAGAUCGUCCGCUAUGGCCAGGUCUAGGCUGCCCCACUGCGGGGCGGGGAGGUACCUGCAGGCACCGUGCUGCUGCAGCAUGUUCCAGCCCCCCUGCAAAUGGGCCACUGUGACUCAGGGACUCUGUGCAGACCCCUGGCUCCCGUUGCACAGGUGCUGGGGCCGCUGCAUGCAGCUGAGGAUGCCCCCCACCUGGGUGAACAGACACAGGGGAGCUGAGGUGGGGGGACAUGCACAAAGGUGUGGGGGUGGUGCUGCUUUAGCUAAAUGGAGCCCAGAUCUCUUCAAACUUCAGGGUCCCUUUGGCCAGACACCUGCCCACACCCCCUGGCUGCUCAUCUCCCCCCUCUCCUGCCUCCCAUGAUCUUUCUUCCCUGUGGGCAGGGCAGGCAGAUGACAUGUCCUGCCUGGGGCAGCUCUGUUGUGCUGAGCCCCUUGCCCAAGGCCCCUGCAGGCUGUGAUUCCCCUCUGCUCCUGUAUGGAGACCAGAGCCUGGAGAGGUGCAGAGCUGGGCAGGCCCUGAGUUGUGGGGUGGGGUAGAGUAACUGAGGAGCAAAUGAAUCCCUGCUCCUGGGGGGCCCACCCGGCUCCUUUCCUCCUCUGAACACGAGCUGCAGAGAGCUCUCGCCAAAGCCCCUGUUGCUACUUGGGUCAUUGCACAGCUUCUGAGCAGGCCCCAAGCUCAGAGAGCAGUCGGCUCUCAGUUGGGCUGGCGGUGUGAGAGGCAGUGUGUCCGAGAACACAGAGCACUUGACUGGGACUCAGGAGACCUGGCUCUGCCAUGGGCCUGCUGUAUGACGUUGGGGAAGACCUUGCUCUGUGCCUCAGCUUCCCCAUCUGUAAAAUGGGGACAGGCUCACUGUGCUCCCCUGUAAAGCACGGUGAGCCCUACAGCUGGAAAGUGCUAGAGAAGAGCUAAUACCAUUCUCCCCUCAGCUGCCUAGACGAGGGGGCCCUCUCAGUAACCACCCAGCUGGGGACAGGCAGGGUGCCCUGGACUGACAUGGGAACAGCUGCUGUGCUCAGCUCCCCCAGGGCAAGGAAGCUGCAGGAUGAAGGCUCCCCCCUGGAGCCUCUUGCGGGCUGGAUUGUCCCUGUGUGCCCUCUGGCUCUCAGCCCCAAAUACAGCCCCCUGAAGAGCUGCAGGGAGAGACUUGGAACUGGCAUGGCCUGGCUGAGGGGAGGUAGGGGCUGGGUGUAGCCCCUCUCCAGGAGGGGGUGACAUACCCCUUUGAGCACAGGCUGCUGCCCCAGCCUGCCGGGAUGGUUCUCAGGUGAUGGAGCAUUUGAGGCUGUGUGUGGGGCCUGGUUCCUUGGAAACGCUUGUCUUAGAUAAGCGGGGAACCCGGCAAGCGGCACAGACACCCCGGGGUGGCCCGAGGGGCCAGCGUUCUCCUGCUGUCAGGAAAAGUGCAUGACAUUUCCCUUCCUCUGCUGUUGGGUGGUGGCCUGAGCCUGCCGCUAGCCGUUGGGGUCCUUUCCCAAUAGACCUAAUAGACACAGUGCUGAAGUAGGGGGUUAAUCCCGCUGGCUGGGCUAAGGCCUGUUCAAUGCCCCAUAGCCCCUGUAGCGUGUUAAACGCAGCACGCUUUGACCCUGCCCUGUAGCGUUUGUGUGUGCUGUUAAACAGCUGCCAGUGCUCACCCUAGAGGUAGCUGCAUUUCACCAGGGGCUGCAUGUAGAAUGGUGGAGGUGAAGGGCCUCUCCUCUAACCCAGCCCUGCUGGCAUGAGGCUUUCAAACCCCUGCCCCUCCCCAAACUGCCCCUAGGCCCAUGUAUUGCCUCUGCCUUGGCCCUGGGCUCUGUCAUCACCUGCUGCGCCUGGCCCUGCAGCACGUGCAGAGGAGCAGUGCCCUUGGCCCAGGCCUUGACACAGCUGGGCAGGCUCCCUGCUACUGGCAGUACCACUGUAGCAGCCUCUCCAUAGCUUCGCUCGGGUGCCCAGGGCAUGCUGCUGCUGCCACCAUAAAUCAGCUUGAAACUC